GGAACCUGACCCGCUUAGCUUGCACCUCCACUGCCGCUGUCAUCCCCGCUGUCUCCGCCGCUUCUGCCUCUUCCCCGGGGAGAAGAUGACCGUGGGCAGGUCUGCAGGAGCCUCCGGCGACGCUCAGUGGAGCCGUCAGAUAUUUCCCCCCAAAUCCUCCUCAGACACAGAGGCAGAAGAGGAGCUGUGUGGGGAUGGCCUGGUUUUGCCCAGGGCUGGCAAACUCAGUGAGUUCAUCAGCCCAGAGGAGGAGACAGAUUCUACUUCUGACUCAACUGCGAGUUUUUACGAGACCCUGCAGGCACUAAAGCAGAAAGGCAGGUGGUGCCUGUUGGAAUCCCUUUAUCUGUCUGACCCAGACAGUGAUGAAAGCCUCCCUGAAGAUGAUGAGGACCUGGAGAGUUUCUUCCAAGACAAAGGCAGGGGGAAGCCGCAGGUGCAGUUCCCCCCGUCUCCGAGGUGUGGCUCCAUGAGGCGCUGCAGCUCCUUGAGCAACCUGCCCUCCGAUCUUCCAAAGGCUCAGCCUCAGCCACCCUCCAGCUCCAGGCCUCUCUCCCAGCACAGAAGCAUCAGCUCCUGGGCAUCAUCCAUCACCGUCCCUCAGCCAUUCCGCAUGACGCUGCGUGAGGCCGGGAAGAAGGCCCAGUGGCUGGCCUCGCCUGCCUCCUUUGAGCAUGAGAGGCAGCAGGCCCAGAAGCAGGGCCAGGAGGAGGCCGAGUGCCACCGGCAGUUCCGGGCACAGCCUGUGCCUGCACACGUCUACCUGCCCCUCUACCAGGAGAUCAUGGAGCGCAACGAGGCACGCAGGCGGGCAGGGAUCCAGAAGAGGAAGGAGCUGCUCCUCUCUUCCUUGAAGCCCUUCAGCUUCCUGGGGAAGGACGAGCAGCGAAAGAAAGCUAUUCAACAGAGGGACCUGGUCGCCACAGCUAAGGCCAAAGUCCCCAAGCAGAAGGCCACCAGGAGGAUCCCCAAGUCCAUUCUGGAGCCAGCCCUCGGGGACAAACUCCAGGAAGCUGAGCUCUUGAGGAAAAUUCGCAUCCAGAUGAGAGCCCUGGACAUGCUCCAGAUGGCAUCCUCCCCCAUCGCUUUCUCCAGUGGCCGGGCUGACUCACAGCCUCGAAUAGCCACCCGGACCCGGGAGGAGAAGCUUGGGUUUCUGCACACUGACUUUGGAUUCCAGCCUCGGGUGAAUCCUGCUGUCCCUGACUAUGAAGAACUUUACAAGGCCUUCCAGAAAAGAGCUGCCAAGAGAAGAGACACCCAGGAGGUGACUCGCAACAAGCCCUUCUUGCUGAGAACCGCCAGUCUGCGUCGUACUCCUCGGCCCUGUGAUGCUGCCGCCUCCGAAGGGAGGAGGGAAUCUCCACAGCCGCCCGGCACACCCCUACCAAGGAGUCGUUCUCUGAGUGGCCUUGCUUCCCUCUCUGCCAACACCCUCCCCGUGCACAUCACAGACGCCACCAGGAAGAGGGAAUCUGCAGUCAGACGUUCACUUGAGAAAAAGGACAAAGCAGAUCAAAGUACUCAGUGGUCAGAGAUGCACAAAAAGAAGUGUCAGGCGAUAUCUAAAUCUGUGACCUUGCGUGCAAAAGCCAUGGAUCCCCAUAAAAGCCUGGAGGAGGUGUUCAAAGCAAAGCUGAAAGAGAAUCGGAACAAUGACCGUAAAAGAGCAAAAGAGUAUAAGAAAGAAUUGGAGGAAAUGAAGAAGAGAAUACAAAUAAGGCCCUAUCUCUUCGAACAAGUUACCAAGGACCUCGCCAGGAAGGAAGCAGAACAACGGUAUCGAGACACCCUGAGGCAUGCUGGGCUGGAUGAAGACUUUGUGAGGAACAAGGGUCAGGGCAACCGGGCUUUACAAUGGAAGGAGCAAUCAGAAGUCCGUGAUUGUCCCAGCACUCAUGAAACUUGUAAACUCGGCAUCAGGAAUCCACGGCAGGAUUUCGAAGAAUCUCUAGAACAGCCUACAAGCCCCAAGAAAGAACUAGAGGAGCUGUCUUAUGAAUUACCAGAUAAUCUCAAAUCAUUUGGUUAAUCAGUAUACUUAAAACUACUGCUUUCGAAUAGUAUCAAGCAGCUACCUUGGGGUUGAGUCAAGGCAGGCAAAACUUGGGUUUUGAGUCAUGGUUACUUUUGGAGAAUGGGGUAAAGAAAAGUAGAUAACAGAGAAUGGUCCAAGUAAAUCAAAGUGGAGAAGUUCAGGGUAGAGGGAUCAGAGCUAAUUAAGGGUUCUUGCUUUGUGCCUCACACUUAAGCAUACAGGUACAGAAAAAAGGGCAUAAGCCCAAAUGCCUACAGAGGCUAGUCAGGAAACAAAUGGGUCAAAUGGGCUGGCUGUCAGAUUAGUAGGAGGUAGUAGAGACUAGAGAAUAUCAACCCUGAUGGAAUACAGGCCCAGAAUUGCCAGAUCAACCACAUUUUCAACAGAAACCAGAAAUGCGCAUGUCGGCAACUAAUUUAAAACUUACUGGAAAUUCCCUGGCCGUCCAGUGGUUAGGACUCCACGCUUUCACUGCCAAGGGCGUGGGGUUCAAUCCCUGAUCGGGGAACUAAGAUCCCACAAGCUGCGCAGCCCAGCCAAAAAAAAAAAAUUUAUUUGGAAAUAAUAUGUGGGAAAAACAAAACAUGUUUGUAUAUCAGAUUAGCCCAUGGGGGAUGACAAGUUUGCAACCCCAAAUACGGGGUUUCUCAGCCUCAGCACUAUUGACAUUUUGGGCCAGAUGAGUCUGUGUUGGGUGAGGGAGCUAUACAUUGUAGGAUGGUUAGCAGUACCCCAGGCCUCUAUUUACUAGAUGCCAAUAGCACCCCUCUCCUCAGUUACGACAACCAAAAAUGUCUCCAGAUAUUACGAAAAGUCCCCUGGGUGGCAAAAUGUCCUUGGUUGAAAACCACUGUUCUAGUAUAAAAGUAAGGCUACUGGAAGCCAAAACUGGCAUUUUAAGAAUACAAGUAAUUGAUAUGAACUCAGUCUAUCUAGCACAGGAUAAUUAUGCAUGUCAUUAACAAAUU